AUGUUUCUCAAGCACUUACAAGAGCUUCGUUUUCCAGAAAAAUCCGUCGCGGUGGCAUCGACAGGCGGAGGAACGGGGAAUGGCGGUGGAAAUGGAGGAGGAGGGGGACAAGUGCAUGGAUGGGCGAUCAGAGGAAAUGGGAUGAAUACGGGUGAAUCCCUCUCAGCACCCAACAUCCCUCAUCGACGAUCCAUCUCGACCGCCGUCGCCCCAAAUCAACGCGAGUUGGAGCACUUCUAUCGAGCGAAUUUCCCGGAGCGAUGCCCGCCAAGCUCUGGUGCGGCCACUCCAGGCAGUCCAAAUAUGACUGGAGGAGGGUACGGUAGUGGGCAUCAAUUCUAUCCACAUCCACAACCCGGAUUUUAUAAUGAGGAUCCGGUUGCCUAUCAUCGUCAAUUCGAUCCCGAACGCUUCUCGCCGCCACUUUUAGAUGACAAUCUGUCUUGUCAAAGAGCUGUCUACAAUUUGAAACAUUUCCCACCAUUUUCAGCAAUUCCCUUCAAGCCAGGCGAGUCGUGUCGAACAACAACAAAACGACAACAACAACAACAACAACAACAAUAUCCAUUCCAGAACGGGCAACAGCAAUCAUUAAACGCGACUCCAAACUCGCAAAUGCCCCAAAGAUGGCCACAAAUCAAAACGGAAGAGACCAACAAUUGGGAUCAAACGAAAAAUAAUAAUUGGCAGAAAAACGAGCAAUGGUCAAACAAUUUCGACGCACAGAAGCGAAUGCUUUGGAGCCAACAACAGCCCCAUCAACCACAACGAAAAGAGAGUUGGCACGGGAAGAUUCAUCAACCACAACACACUUCUCCAUUAUCAAUCAAUACCGCUUCCCAUCAACAGUCCUCUUCCUCCCUUCCCACUCCACCAAUGCGCGAUGGCUUUAUCGCUCCACAACAGCCAUAUCAGCGUCAAAUGUACCAACCGGAAGUGAAAAUGGAGCUAUCGCCGUAUUCGAGUAACGGGAAUAAUGCAGCGACAAUCUUUCAACAGGAACCCCCGCCACGCAGAAAAUUCUCGAUGAUUCAACAUUUGGACAUCGAUCAUUCGAGUCUGCAAAAUGAUCAAAUCUCGCCAUCUCUUCAACAGGAAAGUCCCGUUUUGCAAAAAACGAGUCGAUCAAGUUGUCUUCAACAAAAGGAAAACCAAAAGCAAGGCCCGAAAAAGUUAGAGAUUGUCGCCCGGAAAGCGUCGCUCAUGGCACAAAAGAGGUUGGCUUCAAGA